AUGACCGACAUUCUAAACGUCAAGGACGAGCCAGUCUUCGACGAUCGCAUCGUCAAGAUCGAGACUCACACGUACAACCCGUUCGCCAACACGACGUUUGGACACAGCGAUGAGAUACGAAUACCAAUACAACAACAAGAUCUGUACACGCUGCCGUAUGAAAGUUUUCUGUACAUCGAAGGAAAAUUGGCAAAGACCAAAGUGGUACCGAACGCCGACGUGGCACUGGGAAAUAAUUGCGUCGCUUUCAUGUUCGAUGAGAUUCGCUACGAACUCAACGGCGUGGAGAUUGAUCGCAACAGAAACGUGGGCGUAACUAGCACGCUCAAAAACUACGUGACGGUGUCAUCCGACAAAAGCGUGAUUCUGCGAAACGCUGGCUGGGAUCCACAGACUGAGGCUGAUGGAUACUUUAAUUUCUGCGUACCGCUCAACGUGCUACUGGGAUUCUGCGAGGAUUACAGACGCGUGGUGAUCAACGCUCGUCACGAGUUGAUUCUGAUACGAGCGCGCAACGACGUGAAUUGUCUGUUGGGAAAUUGGACGGUGGAGCCGAAGCUUGAACUGUUCAAGAUUCAAUGGCGAAUGCCGCACGUGGUAUUGAGCGAGAUAAAUAAGCUGUCGAUGCUACGGGCCUUGGAGAGUGGACGAUACCUGAGCAUGCCUUUUCGCUCGUGGGAUCUGUACGAGUACCCGCUUUUACCGAAUACGACGAAGCAUUCCUGGGCUAUGAAAACUGCGACUCAGCUGGAAAAACCGCGAUACGUCAUCUUUGCUCUGCAAACGGAUCGAAAGAAGAUGUCCGAGGAUACGAGCCGAUUCGACGACUGUAAAUUGACCAACGUGAAACUCUACCUGAACUCGGAAUGUUAUCCGUACGACGACUUGAAUCUGGAUUUCACUAAAAACAAAUGGGCGAUUCUGUACGACAUGUACGCGCGUUUCUGCAAGGGUUACUACGGAUACGAGUAUCUCGAACCGAAUCUCACCGUUACGACUUUUUUAACGAACGGUCCGUUCGUAAUCAUCGAUUGCUCUCGACAGAACGAAUCGGUCAAGAGCGCGACCGUGGACGUGCGAAUGGAAUUUGAGUUCAAGGAGAACGUACCCGCGAAUACUACCGCGUACUGUCUCAUCAUACACGAUCGCGUGGUCGAGUAUAACCCGCUGACCAACGUUGUGCGCAAAAUCAUCUAA